AUGUCAAGUAUAGCGGCAGCUGGGACCCCAGUGGUAGUUUUUGACAAUGGCUCUGGGCAGUGCAAGGCCGGGCUGUCAGGGGAGCAGGCACCCCGUUCAGUUAUUCCUACCAUUGUGGGGUACCCCAAAUUCACGUUUGUCAUGAUUGGGAUGAAGCACAGGGAUUGGUAUGUUGGGGAGGAGGCUCAGUCCAAAAGAGGCAUUUUGUCUUUAACUUACCCAAUGGAAAACGGAAUGGUGACAUCCUGGGACAACAUGGAGAAGAUCUGGAGAUAUCUGUACGAACACGAGCUCAGAGUGAAACCCAGCGAGUGGCCGCUGCUGCUGACCGAGCCCCCCCUCAACCCCCCGUCCCACCGAGAGAAGAUGGCUGAGCUGAUGUUUGAGAGCUUCCAGGUGCCCGCGCUCUACGUGGCCCUGCAGGGGCUGGCAGCCCUCCAUGCCUGCGCCCGCACCACCGGCAUGGUGCUGGACAGUGGAGACGGCGUCACCGUCACCGUCCCCAUCCAUGGAGGCAGCUGCCUGCUGCAGGGUGUUACCAGGCUGGAUUUUGCAGGCAGAGGGGUCACCAAGUACCUGGCCAGGCUCCUCCUGGAGACGGGGCACUCCUUUGUGAGCCCAACAGAGAGGGAGAUAGUCAGGGAUAUGAAGGAGAAGCUGUGCUAUGUUGCUUUAGAUCCUAUUAAAAAAAUGCAGCAAAAGCCUGAAAAUCUGAUGUGCGAGUACAUGCUGCCUGAUGGAAGGACUGUCAAGGCAGGAGAUCAGCUGUUCCGAGCUCCUGAGGCGCUUUUUGCACCUGCAGAGGUGCAAAUCCAAGGAGCAGGGGUGGUGGGGAUGAUCCUGCAGAGCGCUGCCAGGUGCUGCGCGCACAUCCAGAUGGACGUGCUGAGGAACGUGGUGCUCGUGGGCGGCUCCACUCUUUUCCGAGGUUUCAAGGAGAGGCUCCUGAAGGAGCUCCAGGCAAAAGUCCCCAGCACAACCCGCAUCAAGAUCAUCUCGCCAAAAAAUCGGAUGCAUUCCGUGUGGGUCGGCGCCUCGUUGCUCGCCAACUUAACGUCGCUUCGCAACAUGUGGGUGAGCAGGGAAGACUACAGCGAAGUCGGACCAACGGUACUCCAGAGAAGAUUCUAUUGA